AGCAGGAACCAAACCCAGGACUCUCUGGUCCACAGGCCUAGCUCUAACUGCUGAGCCAAAUCGGCCAGGGCUGGUUUCCAGCUUUGGUGCACAGUUGAGGGGUUUUCCAGAUGCAACAUUGAACAUUGUCUUUAGCUCGUGUGCCUUGAGUCAGCUUCUCAGCCCAGUGUGAUGUUAACCCCAGGAUCACAGCCCUGCUUUUCUCUGAGCCUAUCAGAGGAUGGCUUUAUUUUAAACUUCACUGAAGUUCCAUCCUUCUCAAAAAUCUUGUCCACUCUUGUUUUUCCUCUGCAAGUUGGUAACCAAACUUUGGACAGUAUGCCUCUGGUGGUCUUUAUCACAUGGGCUUUAUCAGUCAUUAUAAACACCUCUACUGAAGCUGCGGAACUUGCAAUGUGAAGUGUGUGUGUGUAUGUGUUUAUAUAUAUACACAUACACACAUUUUCAAGAAAGGAUGGCCCCCACUUUGGAACCACUGGCAAAGAAGAUCUUUAAAGGAGUUUUAGUAGCUGAAUUUGUGGGUGUUUUUGGAGCAUAUAUUUUGUUUCAUAAGAUGGAUAAAAGCCAAGAUUUCAGGCAAACAAUGAGCAAGAAAUUUCCCUCCAUCUUGGAAGUUUAUUACAAAUCUGUUGAAUAUUCUGGAAUGUAUGGAAUCAGACUACAAGAUCAAGAAAAAUGGUUGAAAAACAAAAGUUAGGAAUUUGACCACUGAUCAAGGUUUACCCUAUCUUAUAGUAUCAGGCAAGAUUAAAAUUCUAAAGUUGACAUGGAUGGAUUUUGGAAUAUUUAAGGCAAAAUGUCUAAUUAAGCCAGAGGUUUUAGUCUUUGGACUAACUGUGAAGAAAUUUAUGGAAG